AAACUUGAUGUCUAGGAAUUCUUCAAAAGCAUGUUCAAAUUCAGUACAAAUUAACUAAAAACUGUCGCCACAACAUAGCACCUUCCUCAUCAAAGAUGGCAGCAAAACUGUUGGAGGCUGCUCGGUUGGGAAACAUUGCUGCAUUUCUCUCAUUUCUCAAUGAAGAUCCCUCCCUUCUCGACCGGGUAGCCUUAAAACCUGUCGACAAUCCUCUGCAUAUAGCAGCAUUGGCCGGACAAACAGAUGGAAAAGAUGGGGUGGUCCCACUUCACUGCGCCGCCAUGAAAGGGCGAGUGAACGUCGUGAAGGAGCUGGUUUUGGCUUGCCCUGAGGCUCUAAGGGAAGUGACAGCACUUGGUGACACAGCUCUUCAUUUAGCCGUGAAGAGCAACAGUAUGGAAACGGUUAGGCUUUUGAUUGAAGAAUUGAAGAGGGUUCAGAUGACGGAAAUCGUCAACUGGAAAGACAAGGACGGGAAUACCAUUUUGCAUUUGGCAACCUUCAGGAGACAACAUCAGAUGCUAGGUCUCUUAAUUGGUGAAGGAGCAAUUGUUUCGGGAGUUGAAGCAAAUGCUAUGAACUCAGGUGGAUUCACACCAAAGGAUAUCAUGGAUCUUGUGCUACAAAAUGGGUGUGAUGUUCAUGACAUUCAUAUUCUACAGAUGUUUCAGCAAUUUGGAGCAGUAAAAUCCAAAGAAAUUAGGACAAAUGCCAGAAAUUCUGAGCAAAACCCAGAAAACAAAGCUACUCUGUUUCAAUCUUCUUGUUCCUGGAACCUGUGGAGAGAACUGAAGAAAGAGGUUGCGCAAUCAUCCACAGACACCCAAAAUGCAUUGAUGGUGGUGGCAGUGCUGAUAGCCACGGUGACAUACCAAGCAACCCUCAGCCCGCCGAGUGGGUUUUGGUCAGUGGAGGAAGGAAGGUCUCCCACAAUUGGCGUUCAGAAAAGGGACUUAUCACCUGGAGAAGCAGUCAUGGCUGGUAACCCGGAAAUUUUUAUUGUAUUUACAAUUUUCAAUGCGAUUGGUUUCUUUGCUUCACUUGCCAUGAUAUCUCUGCUCACAAGUGGAUUCCCCCUCCGAGCAGGGCUCCGGCUUGCCAUCCUUUCAAUGGCCGGAACUUAUAGUUUUCCAGGUUCAUCAUCUCGUUGCUCAGGAAAUGGGGAGUUGUUGCUGGUAGAAGGAGCCUUUUAUGUAAUGGGAAUCAGUCCAGAGUUUAGAAUCUAAAACCUCUAUUGUUUCUCUGUUUUCUUCACUUCUACUUGUUUCUUUUAUGUAAACUCUAAAAUAAGGGUGCAUUGGGUAGUCAUGGCUACCAUAAAAAAUAAUAAUAAUAUUUUAUUUUU